AUAUAAGAUCUGUAAAUUUGACUUUUAGAGAAAUUUACAUUAGAAAAAAGAAAAAUGGAAUAAUGUGAAUAAUUUAUAGGUCGUGACGUCGUUUAAAUUUUUAUGUUAAUAUUUCAUAUAUUUAUUAUCAACUUUUACAUGUUCGAAAGCGAUACAUAGUCAUUCUUAACUGUUCAUUCCUGAUUGAAAGUACAAGAAAAUUAUGAGUUGUUAAUAUAAAUUUUACUAACUUUUUUUUUUUUGCUGACAGAAUUUUGUGUUUAAAUUCUUUUUUUUUUGUUUAUUAAAAAAAUGGCUUUAAGAACAAUAUUAAAUACGGGAAAGAGAAUUUGUUCGGGAAUACAAGAAGAAUAUACAUUAACGAAAAAUAUGCAUUCUAAUAUAAAAGUUGCACCAUUACAAAAAGCAGCAUUAGAAGAACGUUGUAUUCUUAUUGAUGAAUUUGACAAACCAAUUGGUGAGGCAACAAAAAAAUAUUGUCAUUUAAUAAGUAAAGAAGGUGGUGUUCCACUACAUAGAGCAUUCAGUGUUUUUCUUUUUAAUUCAAAUGGAGAUCUUUUAUUGCAAAAAAGAUCAUCGACAAAGAUAACAUUUCCUGGUUAUUUCACCAACACGUGCUGUAGUCAUCCUUUAGCUGAAAUAGCAGGUGAAUCUGAUGAACAAGAUGCAAUUGGAAUUCGUAGAGCGGCACAACGAAGAUUAAAUUAUGAAUUAGGAAUACCAAUGAAUGAAAUAUUAAUAAAUGAUUUUUAUUAUUUAACAAGAAUUCAUUAUCAAGCACUUGGCGAAUCAAUUUGGGGUGAACAUGAAAUUGAUUAUAUUUUAUUUGCUCAAAAAGAUAAAAUAACAAUUGAUCCAAAUCCAGAUGAAAUAAGUGAAAUUCGUUGGAUAUCAAGGGAGGAAAUUGAUAAUUUUAUAAAAACAACAAAAGAUCCAUUAACACCAUGGUUUAAACUUAUUUACGAAAAUCAACUUAAACUUUGGUGGGAUAAUUUAAAUAAUUUACAAAAAUAUUCUAAUCAUGAAACAAUACAUCGUUAUUUAUAGAAUAUAAUUGAUUUUUUUUUUUCUUUUCAAUUCUAAAAAAAAGAGGACAAGACAAUUUUUAUAAUUAUAAAAAUGAAUAUAAUAUUUUAUGGGGUUUAUUUUUGAAAAUUUUUCUAAAGAUUUAUAACUUGUAAUUUUUUUCUGUAAAUUUUUUCACAAAAUAAAAUAUAUUUUUAAAAUGGGAAAAAUAAUGUAUUUAAAUAAAAAAAAUAAAUAAAUAAAUAAAGAAAAUUGUACUUUUUUUCUGUGAAAAAAAUGAAUGAAGGAUUAAAAAAGAAUUCUAUUUUUUUUUUUUUUUAUUUCCAACAACAAGAAUGUUUUAUUCUUAAUGUUUAUCUCGUAACAAAUACAAGUUGUGUGAUACAUUAAAGAACACACUCACGCAUAUUGAAAAGCAUUUAAAAUUUUUCAAUUUAGCUUUUCUAAAUUGCUUCCUUUUUUUUUUUGCCUACUUACAAUAUUUACUGCCUUUAAGACUGGACAUUAGGAGACACAAUUGUAAAUUUGAAUUUAAAAAAAAAAAAAAAAAAAUUGAACAAUUUUCUAUCUUAAUUUUUAUAAAAUUCGAAAAAUUACACACCGAUAAUUUAUAGUGCUAGAGCAAAAAUAUUGCCUAAUAUGGUAUAAAAAAUAUCGGAAGUAUAUUUCAAAAAGUGAUAUAGAAAAAUGUACAAUUUUUUUUUUUUUUUUUUUUUUAAUUUCCA